CCGGAAACGCCUUUUAUAAUAAAUGUGUCGCGUGUGAGUAGCGUUGCAGACCGUCACAGGCCUCAGACUCGCAGUCAUGGCUGGUAAAAGAGCUCUAGUGAUUCUGGCGAAGGGCGCGGAGGAGAUGGAAACGGUGAUCCCGGUGGAUGUCAUGCGCAGAGCGGGGAUUGCUGUUACAGUGGCAGGUCUGGCGGGUAAAGAGCCCGUGCAGUGCAGCCGAUAUCACAAUAUCCCCCCACACCAAACCCUAAAACACCCCCAAAAACAGGGUCCGUAUGAUGUGGUACUCCUGCCUGGAGGUUUGCUUGGAGCUCAAAACCUUUCUGAGUCUCCCGCUGUGAAAGAGGUGUUGAAGGACCAGGAGGGCAGGAAGGGUCUGAUCGCUGCAAUCUGUGCAGGCCCGACGGCACUCUUGGCACACGGUAUCGCAUAUGGCAGCACAGUUACCACUCAUCCAGGUGCCAAGGACAAGAUGAUGGCUGGUGACCAUUAUAAAUAUUCAGAGGCUCGUGUUCAGAAGGAUGGUAACGUGAUCACCAGCAGAGGGCCAGGAACCAGCUUUGAGUUUGCCUUGACUAUAGUGGAAGAUCUCAUGGGUGCAGAGGUUGCUGCCCAAGUCAAAGCCCCCCUCAUCCUGAAAGACUGAUCAUCAAACUGUGAAGAUCUCACAUUUACAAUUGUACUGCUAUGCUGAAAAGGGAGUCAAUAUAAUCUGAAAGGGAGUUGAAUUUAUUUGGUUUAGAGUUUUCUCUGCAUGUGAUUUUCUGAUGUGUAGCAAUAAUCUAAAAUGGCUUUUUAUGGCUUUCUGUGAGGUCUGAUUCCCAGUUUUCUUGCUCUGCACUUAUUAACUUCUGAACCAGAAUAAAGUCAUAGUGCACUAAA